AAAUACUUGACGUUUCUGGGACAGUUCUGAGUAGUGACAGACGUCAAAUUUUGCUCCGAAAUUCCAUUCGGAUCUUACCUGAAGAAAGAAAUUAUUUUCUGAUGUAAAAGAAUUCCGUCUGAAUCUAUUUAUCUAAUAAAUUAAGAAUUCAUAGUACUACUCUGCAUAAGCCACUCCAAGGUGUGAUUCUGAAAGAACAUUAAACGUUAAGCAAAAUGUUGCCAUAACUCAGAGAGUGAGGUUAGAACUUUGCAUGAACAUAAUCAUUGACGAAGUUAUUUACAAAAAUUUCAGCAGUUCUUAGACUUAUCAUCGGUGGACAGAUAUAAUAAUCUAGAACGGAUCAACCUACUCAUUUCGAGCCUAUUCUAAGAAGUUCAAUGAUGCCUCCUGAACCAACUCAGGAGCCUAUAGAGGAAAACCUCAAAGCACCAGAUCUUAAUGUAGGAGCCACGGCUGUCAAUGAGUCAGAUAGUGAAGACGAUGAAUCUGGGCUUGGAGGCUACAUGCCUCUUUCUCAAGUAGCUCUUGAUAGUGAUCCGAUGUUGGAUGAUGAUGAAGAUGAGGAUGAUAACUGGAUAUCAGCUUCAAUAGAUGCUAAUCACAUGUUGCCUUCGGUACCAGAUGACAUCCAAGAAGAGGCUUGUCCAUCAGAAGUUCUGCAAGUAUGGUCUUCACUAUCGAACCAGUCUGACAUAGACUUGGAUGCAGAAAAAAUUAAUCAAGUGAAAACGGCAAUGGCUUCUUUUGCAUUACCUAGCACCGCAUUCCCAGAAUGGGCAAACAGUGUAUCAGAGGAACAAUGGAAACAGAUACUCAUCACCCGAAUCAAAGAAAUGCAGAGUAGAGAUAAUUGAGCAAACUUCUCAAUGGGAUCAGAACAAUCCCAUUGAAAAAUUGAAGUGGUGCUUUACUAUCAAAUAUUAAUCAAUUUAUAUAAUAAUUCUAUUAGUAUAAAUAAUCAAACCCCAUGUUUGUAAUUAAAUGUUACUUUCGUGUGCACGGAAAAAACAGCCCUAGGUAACAAAAUAUGCGUUGAAUACCUUUGGACUGCAGUCAAUAGUGCAUUGUUGGAAAGUAUUGAUCUUCUUUAGUGUUAAGCACCCUUUUUUUCUAAUGCCUCGCCGUCCUCUCUUCGAAUCUGUUUGACGGGAUAUCAACUGAUUUGAGGUAAACUGAAAACGUCUACCACCAAAUACUAGGUUCUAGUGAUGGAUACUAGAGCCAACAUGGAACCAAUGAGCGUUUGCAUGAAAAUAUGGUAAGCGAUAAAAUCUAGUUUACUCAACGAAUUCUUCUUAGGUAUACAUACGUGUGGAAUUUAAUUCUAUCUCGAGCUAAUAAAACGUAUAAUUUUAUCUGGAAAAAA